AUGCAUUUGAUUGUUGUAUCUCUAUUCUCUAGGUACUUCCUUAGGAAACUGAAGAAGGAACCCCCACGAAAUCAAUAUCUACGGUAUCUGGCUGCGUUACCAGAGCCGAACUAUGCAGAGGAGCAGAUGUACACUGAGAUGGCUUCUCGCCACAGAGUGAGGUUCCCUUGCAUUCAGAUCAUCAAGACUGCCACAGUCCCUGCAAAAGCUCUGCAAGAGAGAGAGAGCACCAAGCAGUUCCAUAACUCCAAGAUCAAGUUCCCUCUUGUUUUCAGGAAGGUCAGACCACCAAUCAAGACUACAUACAAAGCUUCAAAGCCCAACAUUUUCAUGUAA